AUGUCUACCCGGCUCGAAACAUUCAUAAGGUUCACAACCGACUCAGUCGGCCUCGAGCGCACAAUCCGGCUCUUCCAAGCCCUCGUACAAAUCCUCUCCUCCUUCGCCCUCCCCUUCGACCUCUUACUGUACACCCUCACCCUCAGCACCUCCUCCCCCGUACCCCCCUCCGCCUCCGCAACCCGCCUCAUCCUCGCAACUUUAAACCAGCGGCUCGGCCUAGCGCGGCGCUUCUUCCGGCUCUUCCGCUCCCUCGAGGCCUUCCACGCCGCGCAGAAGAUCUACGCCCGCAUCUCCUCCCCCGCCCCAUCCUCUGCCGGCCAAAAGCGCCGCCCGACAUGGGUACACCUCGAACCCUGGCUGGACCUGCUCUCCCGCACCUUCAUGGGGAUGUACCUGCUCCUCGAAGCGAGCACCUUCCCCCACGCCCUGCAAGUUCCCGGGCUGGCCCCCUGGUCGGCGGAGCGCGAGCGCCAGCUCACGAUCGAGGGCCAGCGCUUCUGGCUGUUCGCUCUGGUUAGCGGCGCGCUGUACCAGGCUCUCGAGAUCCUCAACGUGCUCGCGCACACGCCCGUCCCCGCCACCGGUGCUGGCUUUGGCGGCAACGGUGCUGCUGGGAACGGGUCGGAGACGGAGUCUAAGGAGGAAGCAGCCGUAGCAGACGCCGACGCGAACAACGACCUGCGAAAAGAGCAGCAGCGCCUCCGCGCCAUCGUCGGCGCGCGCAAGGAGCAGCGGCGGCAGUGGCGUCGCGAGGUCGCCGCGAAGACCUCCAAGCUGGCGCGAGGGGCGAUGGCGAAUGCGCUGGAUACCGUGCUGCCGGGGACCGUGGUGGGCUGGAUCAAGGUCGAGCCCGGGACGGUGGCUGUGGCUAUGCUCGUGACCACGAUACUGACGAGCGUGGAUGUGUGGGAGAGGUGUGAGCGCGAGGUUUUGGCCAGCAAAUAG